AUGGGUAAUAAGUUGUCAAGCAACAGUCCCUCGGACAAGGGCGAGGGGAAGGACAAGAAGGGAGCAUAUGCAUCAUCAUCGCUUGAGGUCAGAAAGAACACACCACAAGCAUGCCACCGGUUGAGUGUCGUGUGUCAUCACAUUGCCUCUCCCUCUUCUGCCUUGUGUGUGUGUGUGUGUGUGUGUGCGUGUGUAUUAGGUGGCUUCCACUAUCGGUGCUGCGUCUACGCGGGCGCCAACCACCGGCACGUAUAGUGACACUGUCGGCAGCGGAGACGAUAAUAUGACACACGUGGUGGGAAGAGCACCCCAAGGCACACGCAGCAGCUGCACCAAUGGAUGGAUGGAUGGGUGGAUCCCUCUGUGGUUUGCUGUGUCAGGGUGGUGCGACUGAGAUGUCCGGAUCGGUCAGCGAGAUGAUGCCCCUCAACCGUAUGUGUACACACAUGCGGAGAUCACAUGCGCGCAAGAACGGUUGUGUUGCUUGGCGCUGCAGACCGCCGUGAGCGGCACCGGCAGGCCCGCCAGGGCGGGGGUGCCGGUGGACGUGUGGGUGGCGACCCGUCGGACGAUGAGGGCGGGUCGAGCGACGCCGAAAGCAGGAGUGACGAGAGCAGCAGCGGCGAUAACGAUGAUGAGAAUGAUGGUCAGCCACCCGAUGGAGACAAACAGACACAGAAUGAGAGUGCGUCGAUCGAACCUUGGGUGCGAUUCUCGGUCGCAGACGAUGACGAUGAAGACGAUGAGCCCGAGAGCUCUGGUAGGCGAAUGCACACACUUUCACACACAUGCCGAUGGCACGACGCACACCGCACUGCUGUGUGUGCCGUUUGUGUGUCAGGGAGUGGUGGUGACCAUCUGAGCGACUCCACCUUCAAGCAGCCCAAGGCGGCCGGCAAGGCGGCCGGGCCGACAGCCUCCAUCCACCAGUCGACCGUCCGAGGCGUGCGCUUUGACGAGCAGCGCCAAACGUGGUUUGCCGGUGUCAAGGAGGGCGGCAAAUGGAAAGAGAAGAGCUUCGCCGUGAGCGUGUAUGGCUACGACAAGGCCAAGGCAGAGGCAAAGGCGUGUCGCCGGCAGAACGAGCAAGACAACGAGAAGGCCGGCCACCCCAUCAAGAGGCUCAGCAAGAACGAGAUCACCGGCGUGCGUCGCGACGACAAGAACAGACGGUGGGUCACGGCAUGGUACGAGAAUCGCGAGAUCAAGCAGGAGUACUUCUAUGAGGACAAGUUGGGUGAGGAGGGCGCCAGGCAGGCGGCCAUCGCGCGGCGGGAGAUGAUGGAGAAGAUCUGGCCCAAUCAGCGAAAGGUACGCGAGUUUGUAUGAAUGACAUGUGUGUGGCUUGCCUUGCUCAUUGGGUCUGUGCGUCCCUUCCCUCUCUGCUCAGACUGUCCCCAGUCUCGGCCGCGGUAGCCGGAAGCUCAUCGACCAGCUGCGUGUCAAGAAGGUCAAGGGCGUCUACUUCGGCGAACGCAACAAAGCGUGGCUUGCGCAGUGGUACGAGCGCGGAAACCCGCGGUUCAAGAGCUUCCCCAUCAACAAGCACGGCGGCAUCAAGAAGGCCUACGACAAGGCCGUCGCGUGUCGCAAGGCGGCGGAGGCGAGCGGUGCGGCGAGCAUCCAGCAGCCAGGCGAGAGGCAGAGCGGCCACACGGGUGUGAGCUGGCACAAGCAGAGCAAGGCAUGGAUGGCCAGCUGGCGUGAUGUGUCUGGCAAGCAACAGUGCCGCUACUUCCCUGUGUCUUCGUGGGGGGGUGACAGCGAGGCCAAGGCAGCUGCGAUUCGCUGUCGGGAGAAGAUGGUUGAGCAGACCAAGAGAGAGAAGCAGGACAGGCAGGUGUCGUCACGCAAGCGGCCAUCUGGGGCGACAGAGAGCCGCAGGGUUCGACGGAGGGUGAAAUAGGUCGGGGGGCAUGCUAGUGCCCACUCACUCUCCCUCCGGUCGGACGAAGGGUUUUGUCGUGUCUGUGCAUUUGUGUCUUUUUUGUGGACGACUGCUUGGUGAUAGAUGGCCGCACGGUUUGUGUGGGGGGGCAAGUAUUUGUGUGUCAGUCGGGCCAGUGGAUUUGUAUUGCCAAGUGCUGCGUGUGUGAUGUGUACGUACCGCGGUGCUGACAUGGAAACGGAGGGAGCGCACCACCACACACAGGUCCCUCUCGCUGUCUUUCUGUCUGUCGGUCGGUCGGUCGGUCUGUCACCUGUGUGUGUCCCUUCCUGUGUGUGGUGAUCGAUCAUGAUGAGAGCGUAUCCAUCAGCGGCUCAUGUCUAUGUGUAGGAGGAGGACAGACAGAGAGAGGCGGAUGUCGUUAUUGUUACAGCACAGACAAACACAUCACGGGCGACUCACAUGGCGCCGAACUUUCGACUCACUCGUGUCUGUCUUGUGCUGAAUUGCGUAUGCAUCGUAUGUUCGUGGGCUAUGUAAUUGUCCGGCUGAGUGUCUUCCCCUUCACACGUCACCACACCUUACCCCGCACCCCACAUCAGACAAGACACACACACACACAUCCCUUCUCAUCAUGGGUCUGUUCUUUCAUAUAAGCUCCUCAAUCACUGAGAGACGUAUGUUCGCAGGCAAGUGGUGUUUUCAUUCAUCGACCCACAGAAAGACAGACAGACAGACAGACAGGCAGGCAGCCGGCA